CUUUCACUCUUUGUUGUUCCCUCCUCCGCUCCUCCACGCCUCGCCGUCGCCACCAUGUGUGGGAUUCUGGCAGUGCUCGGCUGCAUCGACAACUCCCAGGCCAAGCGCUCCCGCAUCAUCGAGCUCUCUCGCAGGUUGAGGAGUGGAUUGCACUGCUAUUGAAAUUGUUAUCUUGCUCAUCAACGUUUGGCGAUUGUGACCCUGCUUCUGGUGAUCAGCCGCUUUACAAUGAAGACAAGACUGUUAUUGUCACUGUCAAUGGUGAGAUAUAUAACCAAAGCAAUUGAGAGAAAAUCUGAAGUCACAUCAGUUCCGAACUGGCAGUGACUGUGAAGUGAUUGCACAUCUUUAUGAAGAACAUGGAGAGGAGUUUGUAGACAUGUUGGACGGCAUGUUUUCCUUUGUCCUCCUUGACACAAGAGACCAAAGUUUUAUCGCAGCUCGAGAUGCAAUUGGUAUCACCCCCACUUUAUAUGGACUGGGGUCUUGAUGGAUCAAUUUGGUUUGCUUCAGAAAUGAAAGCUUUAAGUGAUGAUUGCGAAAGAUUCAUAUAUUUUCCUCCUGGGCAUAUUUACUCUAGCAAGCAAGGAGAACUUAGAAGGUGGUACAAUCCACCCUGGUUUCUGGAACAGACACCAUCGGCUUCUUAUGAUCCCCUAGUUUUACGUAAGGCUUUUGAGAAGGCUGUGGUUAAGAGACUUAUGACAGAUGUACCAUUCGGUGUUCUUUUGUCUGGAGGACUGGACUCAUCACUUGUUGCUGCAGUGGCUAGUCGCUAUUUGGCUGAUUCAGAAGCUGCAUGUCAGUGGGGAUCACAGUUGCACACGUUUUGCAUUGGCCUGGAGAGCUCGCCAGAUUUGAAAGCAGCGAGAGAAGUUGCAGAUUAUCUUGGGACUCGUCAUCAUGCGUUUCACUUUACUGUCCAGGUAAUUGAUGAAGGAUGCAAGAAUAAUUCUACUCAGGCUUAA